AUGUCCCUCUCCCCCUGCAACCUCAUCACCAACCCGUCCUUCGAGACAGGCUUUCUCUCGCCCUGGUUCACCAAAGUCCCCAACGUCGCGACAGUCACGAACGCGACUGCUGCUUUUGAUGGCGAGUACUCGCUCGCCCUAACAACCGCCAUAAACAACGACGCCAACUCCAUCUCACAAUUCCUAACGGGCCUCACCCGACGCGCGACCUACGACUUCAGCGCGCAAGUGCUCAUCCCCUACGGGGCCGACUACUGCUACGUGAGCGCCAUCAUGGGCUUGAACACCACCAUUGCGACCGCGUCCCUCGAGCCCUCGGACGAGUGGACCGCUGUUACCGGGCAGUAUACGGCGCUGACGACGAAGGAUAUGCUUACCAUCAGUGUGGGGUGCAAUUUACCUGAUACUUCGGAUGUGUGGCGGGUUUAUAUCGAUGAGGUGGUGCUUGAAAGGGAGGGUUGUUUGGAGUAG